AAAGAAACAAACAAAAAACAUUGAAAUGGUAAAUUUUUUGUUACAUAUUUUUCACCACAAUUUUUUACUUAAAAAAAAUCUUCAAAUAUCUGAAGGCUGCUAUCAUGACCCAAUGGAAUAAUCUCUGGUGUAAAGACAUCUAUUUCUUCAAUUGUUCCUCAAGUGACAUGAAUGAAAUCCAUACAUACCCCAUUCUGGUCACUCUGAAUGUUCUCCAACCACCAAUAGCCCAUUUAAUCCACACACAGGCCAUAGACCUCAACAUAACACUGACCAGUUAAGAACAGAAAAGCCUAUCACCUCCUUCAAUCUGUUUGCUAAAUGAUUAAUAAUACAGCCAAAGCUCCUACUAGUUCAUCACACUGUUCAUUCCUACAAAGCAAACUACGAAGCUAAACCCCUAAGUUCUUAACUGAUGUGCCACUGCUAAAACCUUUUUAGCUCUUAGAACUCUUUCAGUGAUUAAAAGGAAAAAGCAAAUACACAAACUAUGCAAACUGACAAACAAAAAAAGAAUUUAUUGGCACACUUAAAUUUAAUGGUGGGGCCUUGAAGUGUGGCUUGAUUCAGGAGUUCAAAUGAUGUCACCAGGUCUCAAUUAUUUCCUUCUUUUUGUAGAACUCUGCUUUGCUCCUUGUGUUUUCUUUAUUCUUAGUCUCUAUACCCAUAAGAUGCCUCCCAGUCUCUCCCAAGUUCAUGGGUGGUGGAAUAAAGCAACAGUAUUGCUCCCAGCAAUUCUGAUCAAAGCAUAUUGCCAUUCAUGGCCUCUGAUUGGGUCACGUUCCUGAACCAAUCUCUGUGGCCAGAUAAUGCUGGUGCUGAGUGGCUUAUUUCCAGGUCAUGUGUUCUGCCCCUGACCAGGGAUGUUGUCAACUCCACUGAAUCAGCCCAUGGUCCAAAAGUGGAGAAGAGCUGAUCCCUAGAGAAUGCUCAGGUUAAGGUCACCUGUAUGCUGAGGGGGUUUUGAGCAACAAUAACUAAAGUCAGCUACCCUUCAGUAAGUCCAACUGAGUGUUUUAAAACUAGGAUACAUUGCCCUGUAUUUAUUCCUAUUAAAUACAAUCUUAUUAGAAUCCUCUUGGAAAGUUAUUUUGGGGAUUCUAAUUCUAUCAAGCAGUGAAUUCCUUGUUUGUCUCAACUGUAUAUGCUCAACAGCGUGAUGAAUGUGCCUUACAGAUUUGAUUGCGCUCAAUAUUGAACAUAUUAUAAUCAUGUGUAUAUAUGUAUUAUAAACAUGUUAUAUAAAAUGUAAACAUGCUGUUAACACAGAGCUUCACAGCCCAACACCAAGAUCUUCUUUCUGAGGUGACAUUACCAGCAUCUUUGGAUGUGGUCAUAUAACCAGAUACCAGGCCCAUCAUUGUCCUUAAGUGUGAGCCCUAUUUUGGGGCCCAAAGACAUCAUUAUCAACCUUUAAAAAAUUCCUAGACUCCUAGGAGGGCUUCCAGCAGAGUAAAUGUUCUGUGCAAAGUAUGAAUUCUUGAUCUAGCCAUCAUCAAAAAGAGGCCUUCUUCUCUAUUUGCUCCAGAUUUCUCAUAUUUCCUAAACACAAACACACACAUGCACAAAACAAAAGUAGUAGUAGCAAAGUAUAUAUAGUGUCUACUACAUGCUAUUCUCUGUUCUAAAAGCACAUAGGAUUAAGUAUUAAUUCACUUAUUCCUGACAACAACUUUAUGACAUAGGUAGUUGUCAUCGUCAUCAUCAUCAUCAUCUCCAUUUUAGAAACAAGGAAACAGGCCCAGAGCAGGUAAUUUCCCAAAUUCACAGAGCUAGUUAGUAAAAACCAGGACUUGAACCCAAGGUGUGUGGCUGCAGAGUUCUUAUAGCAGAGGGGACAUUUGACCCUGACAUCUCUCAUCUCCUAUUUCCAGCCCCCAGGCAAAUGCGCAGGUGAGCCUGCUUUAAAAACACCACCACCUACAACAAAUUUACUGUGGAUAAAUUAGGGAACCACUCACUUUACAAAGCAGCUUGUUGUGGUAAGUGAACCAUUUGCAAUAACAAGCUCCAUCUGGGACAGGUCAACUGGUUAAAAAAUCACUAAUCACUUCCCAGAAGUACUGGGGCAGAGAAACCCAGCCAAUAGGUUAGGAUCCCUGCCAACUAAAGAUAUAUUAGAACUGUAAAGUAUUUCUGGUGCAAUGUCCACAUUCAUAGAAAAAACACAAUUAAAAAAACUUUUCUUACAUAUAUUUUCCCUGAAUAAUGGCUAUGUAUGGGGGGGAAUUGUAAAAGUAGAAGGACUCUGCAUAGCACCUCACUAAAGCUCCCAGCCCUUACGGUGCUCCCCUAGGGUCACUUGACCCACAGUUCUGUUGUCACUUUUGGCAGUACUAUUAGUUGGUUCAAUUGGUUUAGUCUUGCACAAAGGUAUAGUACAGGUGGCUACCAAAUUCAAAGCAAUUGCAUACAGGUCUCUUCUUUCUGGAAACAGCAUGUCAUGUAACCCCAGCUGGUUCAAAUGAAGAAGUUUGCAGCAGAGAUGCGGCAGGGUGGCGAGAAUGGUGUUUAUUACCAAAGGGAGCACAGUAAGAGCUGGUUCUGGGGAGGAGGAACAUCCUGGUGGGAGAGCAGCAGCUACUAUUAGACACUACACCAGGGAAAGGCAGAAAGAAAUUCCCUACCUCUUUCCCUUCUCCCUACCAGUCUCUUGCCAGUGUCUCCUAUGGGCAAGCCAAAGAGGGAGGGUACCUGGGUGAAGUAGUCAGCAAGCAUCAGCCCUCAGGGAACACAGCUGAGGGGAAUAGAGUGGAGAGGAUGUCAGAAGAACAGAAAAUAAUGCAAUAUCUCUAUCAGAGGUAGGUAAACUGAUUCACUGAGUUUAACAAAUUUAUCAUGUUUCAGAUCAGAGGGGAGCCUAGAACCAACAUGAGGGUCCCAUUUUCCUUUCUAGUCUCACUGAUUUUGAGAAGCCUGAAGGCCUAGAAAGAGUCACAAAAUCUCAGAGGACAUCUAAUCCCUCAGACUCCUUCCCAAUAUAUGGUGACUCAUCUGAGGAAGUUGACCUGACCAUGGUUUAUCAGGCAGCUUCUAAUGGAGAUGUCAAUGCUCUGACCUCAGUAAUUCGUGAAGACCCUUCCAUCCUAGAAUGCUGUGACAGUGAAGGGUGUACACCCUUGAUGCAUGCAGUUUCUGGACGUCAAGUUGACACAGUGAAGCUGUUGUUGAAGAUGGGGGCCAAUAUUAACAUGCAGGAUGCUUAUGGCCGCACAAGUCUAUGCCUGGCAACCUAUCUGGGUUGGCUAGAAGGUUGUGUGAGUCUGCUCAGGAAUGGUGCCAAGCACAAUAUCCCGGAUAAAAAUGGCCGUCUGCCACUGCAUGCUGCCACUGCUGAGCCCGAUGUGAGGCUCCUAACAGUGUUGGUGCAACAGUCAAAUCUCAGCGAGAUUAAUCACCAGGACAAUGAGGGAAUGACACCACUUCACUGGGCAGCUUUCCACAACCGGCCUCAACACACCCAAAUGCUGCUGAAGAAAGGAGCAGACCCUACUCUUGUGGAUAAAGACUUUAAAACAGCUUUGCACUGGGCAGUCCAGAGUGGAAAUAGAAUUCUGUGUUCCAUCAUCCUGAGCCACCACCAGGGUCCAUCCAUAAUCAACUACGAUGACGAGAGUGGGAAGACAUGUGUGCACAUCGCCGCAGCAGCAGGCUUCAGCGACAUUAUUAACGAACUGGCGAGAGUGCCUGAGUGCAACCUGCAGGCUCUGGAUGUGGACGACAGGACACCGCUGCACUGGGCUGCAGCUGCAGGGAAGGCAGACUGUGUGCAGUCACUGCUGGAGCUGGGCAUGGACGGCAACCUGCGAGACACCAAGGAGAGCACACCCCUGGCCUACGCCCUGUACUGUGGCCACACAGCCUGUGUCCAACUCCUCUCCCAAGAGAGUAGAACAGAGCCUACUCGACCCUUUCCUUCCCAGAGCAGUAGACCCCAGAAGAAGGAGGGACGAUUCAGCAUGCUCAACCAAAUCUUCUGCAAAAACAAAAAAGAAGAGCAGAAAGCCUAUCAGAAGGAUCACAGCAGGGAUCGACACAGGGGGGAGCACACCUCGGAAGUCGAUGACAUCAUCACCACCUUUGACGGCAUCGUGGAUACCAACUGCCAAGAAGGGCCAGGCGAUCAGGUGGCUAUGAUUGACCUUAAGAAGCGGACCUCAGAGAAUUCAAAAUAUCUCUUGCCAGAAAAGAAGCCUCUGGGCCCCAAGGGGCUUCCACCAAUCAGAACGCAGAGUCUCCCACCCAUCACUGUGGGCAGUCACUUCCUGACAGCUUCCCAGGGGGCCACUUCCCAUACUGGUCUGAGCUCUGGUAGUCAUCAUAUGGCCCAACGAUCUCAGAAAAGCCGCAGUGAGCAGGACUUACUGCAUAACAGAACUGGUUGCCAAGCGUUGCUAGAUAACCCCUGGAGAGGCGAUUCUAACCAGGUGUUCUGUAAGGCUGGGACUGUGUCUUCUUCUGAUAAACUGCUGGACAGAUUACUCACCAGUGGCUCUGGUCACCAGGAUGUCUUUGGGCUGCCACAUCUUCCUCAUCUACAUAAUCCUUCAUCAGGACAAAAUUUUCAGCAUCUGUCCCCAAACAGACCCCAAAUCAGGGAUCAUCCUUUCACCCGGAACAACCUAGCUCCCUUACCAGACCAAAAAUUUCUAUCUGGAGAAUCUCUGAGGACAAACCGAGUGCUACCUGCUAUUCCAAGCCAACGGGGACACAGCACAGCAGGCAAAGAAAGUGAAAACUUUGUCAAUCCCACCAAUGAUGAGAAUUAGCUGUGGCUCACUGACUGUAAAAAUAGGGAUUAUAUAUAUUUUCAACUGUCAAGGGAUGAGAUUACUCUAGUUUGUGAGAACAAAGACUGAUUCAGUAAAUUGCAUUCUAGAAGCCAUUCACAGUUUUACAACUCCUUCCUAAUGACAUUUCCCAAACAAGCACUUGGAAUCUUUGAUUAUAUAUAUAUUUUAAGUCUGUGAGUUGCUCUGACCUCUACAUGCCAAAACUAAAAGUCAGAAUAUGUUAUCAGCAGGGAAACAGCUAUGUUUGGCUUGCACUGUGGUAUCAGCAGAGAUUUUUUUUUUUCCUGAACGAUUUUAUGUUCUAAAAAUGUAUGCUUUGCUGAAUAAAAAAAAAAAAAACAACAAAAAGCAUA